CCCCGGCUCCCUGGAUCGGCCGCUCCGCGUCCGCCCGCCGCCGCCGUCGCUACCGCCGCGCUCGCACACAGUUGGAGCCGCCUGGUUUCACCCCCUCUUUUCCCCCCUCCCCUUCUUCCCCCCAUCUCCCCGUCCUCUCCAGCCCGGGUCCCGAACCGCGCCCGGCCCCUGACGGCGGCUCUCCGCGGGGAUAGCAGCUCCGAGCGGCGGCUCGGGAGAAAGCAUAUGAAAUAAUGGUGGAACAAAACCAGCUGCCAGUGAAGACACUUGAACUACAGAGCAAGCUGUUUCUGAGAAAAGUAAAAGUGUCUUGAAAACCACACGGGAAGGUGGAUUAUUUUUCAAAAAAUGAAUGUGCAUCUCUAGACAUGAUUUGUGGUUCAGUCCAGCUGGAGCUGUCUGAAUGAAGCUAUGGGCUGUGCCUCCGCCAAGCAUGUUUCUACUGUACAAAAUGAAGAGGAAACUCAGAAGGGGAAAAACUACCAGAACGGAGAUGUGUUUGGUGAUGAGUAUAGGAUCAAACCAGUGGAAGAGGUCAAAUACAUGAAAAAUGGGGGAGAAGAUGAUCAGAAAAUAGCAGCCAGGAACCAAGAAAACUUGGAAAAAAGUGCCAGUUCAAAUGUAAGACUUAAAUCUAGUAAGGAGAUCCCAGGAUUAGUGCAUCAACCCAGAGUAAACAUGCACAUCUCUGAAAGCCAACAAGAAUUCUUCAGAAUGCUGGAUGAAAAAAUAGAAAAGGGUCGGGAUUACUGUUCAGAAGAGGAGGAUGUCACAUAGUGCCAAUUCUGCUGCUGCUGCUGCCAGGAGUACUACUGUGUAAAUAGAUUCCAACCCAGUCAAGACCUUUUGGAAGUCUUCUAUAGUGAACAGCACUACAUAAGAGAAGAAGAUAAUUUCCACAUUAUAUGCUCCAUUCAGUUACAGUGUUUCUUAAUUGAACUGAUGAGGAAUAUUGCUAAGAACUCGUAAGGAACUGCUUUUGUUGCUGCUAGUUAAAACUUGUUACAACUUCUCACUUUUUUCUGUGUCCAGAUAACGCAGCAAAUCCUUAAAGUUUAAUCCAAAAGACGUUGUUGAUUUUAUUGAGGCUUCUGGCCUGUUUUCUAUCAGAUGAGGUAGUGUUAUACAAAGCUUCCAUAAGCGACCAGUCAAGCAUCUAAGAAACACCCUUAAGCUGUCUGUCAGUCCCUGUUCAGGCUGAGUGCUUAUUAAUGCUGGUGAUUCCAAACUUGGGAGAUAUGGGCUGUUCUAGCCAUGGCAGGCCUUGUUUCUCUGCUCAGAAGAAGCUGGGAAACUAUUAUCCAUUAAAAGCAUGUUAUCCCUGAAAUACUGGAAGUGGUACACGAGCAGGAAUUUGUAUUUUAAGAGGAAAAAGAGUUUCAUUUAAUAGGCAUCUUGAUCAAGGACUAAGCUUGCAGUAUUGGCUUUGCUGAGCACGAAUGGGAGUGUGAUCACAAUCAUUUUCAAUCUCUUUUUUUCUAAGAAAAUAAACAUUUUACUGUUUUUAUGUA